AUGAACUACUCAAUCGAUCCGGAUCAAUCUACGCCAGCUGUCUCGUUUGCGCACAAUGGACGACGACACGGUGGUGGUUCUUCCGCAACCAAUCCCCGUCGUGCCUAUCAGGCUGCAUCACACUCCCAGCGUACCAAUAUACAACACUCACGUCCCAUCCCCAUUCCUUCUUCAAAUCAGCUAUGCACAGACCGGUUACCAGAUUACCCGUCUUUCUCCACCAUGCAGCAAAACAUCCUUUACCAAGAUAGAGGCCGGACCAGUCAACGAAGGUCGAGCCUUGCACAUCGAUCGGCCAAUCAGCGUCAUCAGCGUGAUGAACGAGUAGCUGUGUCUCAUUCCCGUUUUACACCACUUGGCUCAGCAAGCGAUUCAUCGGGCUCAAAUUCCAGCUCUGGCAAUAGCGGGCAUGUAUCGCAGGGAUCGAACUCGUCAGACAUAUUCCAUUUCUCCCCUCCAGGCAGUCUUGAACGGCGGGGUUCACAACAACCACUUGCACAGAUGGACCCUGUACCAUUUCUAUACACCCCUCCACAGACAGGGAGGUCUACUCAGCAGGUCGAAGAAUUGGUGCGAUGCCAAGCGUGUGGUCGCAGGAUACAAUUCCUCGCACUUAACGUUCAUGGGCAAGUUUGUGAUGGAAGGCGCAGGAGUCCAAGAAGUAACACCGUUGCCAUGUCCUCCAGACAGCAUAACUCUAGUUCGUCAAGUUCAGAAAAUGAACCACAGAGAGCGCAUAGAAGUGACCAGCAACGCUUUCCCGCCAAUGCACUCGGAGACCUAAACAGUAGUUCCUCCUACCAGCAUGCUAAUACAUUCUAUCGACCAUCUCACGGUCCCUACAAUUCCCAGGUAUACCCUCAGAUCAAUCACUAUGCAGCAUCAUCUUUCAGCACACCAUCCUCUGCUGUACCACCAGAUUUCAAUAGACCACCAUAUAACUACCUUCCAUAA